CACGGACAACAUCCAUCGGGGCCAGCGAGAUCUGUGAGGAAGUCACCAGAAUGCAAUCAACCGUCCGGCGUGGCCACCAGCCAGCGGUUGAGGACGAAAAGCCGUUCGACCCAUGGAAUACCCGAAGCCGGAGCAACCAGCUCCGGCUCCAUUCCUACAAGACUCCGGCCAAAGAAUAUGUCGAGGUCAAGAUCGGAGGACAUCCACUCGACCACAGACACGCCGACUAUUCGCUCCCAGCACCAGUUCACACACCCAUGAAGGUAGUUCCCAGAGUCACCAGCGGGUUGAACCAAUCGACGAUCUACGAAGUCCAACACAAGGAACGCAUGCAGUACGUAGAAGUCAAAAUCGGCGGACACCGAUACGAUCACAAACGAUGCGUGGCCACGGACGAGUUGCUCGUGGGGUUUAACGAUCAACUGGCCAGCAUCGAGAGCGGGGGCACUGGUUGCUCGUUGUGUUUGCUCGAGUCGCCGCCCCUCGUGCAGCUGUACUGCCGUCACGCCAUGUGCUUGUCGUGCUUUGAUUUAUCAACGCACAAUGGUACACGAGUUCUGUGCCAAGUCUGCUUCCAGAAAGUCCCCUUCCUGCCUCCGCAUUUGAUGACGGAAAAGCACGUCAGCGCAUCACCGGGUCAAGGAGACGUCCUUAACGGCCUGGACGUCGACAAGAUGACGCUAGCCAUGUCGUGUGUUGGCAUCGGCUACAUGGGUCCCAAAGUUGUGGAGCGCGUCGGCCACGCCCUGCGUGGUAUCUCGAUGGGUAGUUCAACUGUGGCCCUCGCCUCCGCUGCCGCCGCGUCGUCGUCAUCGAUCGUGGUCAAGGCGAAAGAACCUGCGGACACGGACGGUGCGCAGAGGUGGAAAAACCGUGUGCAAAUGGUGCUGGAGCCAUCCAAAUUGCUUCGAUACGAAUACGUCGAGACGCUGGGCAAAGGGAAUUUCUCGGAAGUGCUGCUCAUGCGAAAACUCCCCUCCACGCGGCGUGCCGUCCCCUCCCCCGGCACGUCUGCACACUUAUGUGUGUUGAAAGAGAGCGACAAGCUCCAGGAAGCCAUGAACGAAGUUAGUCUGCUCGCCAAAUUUCAAAACCCACACGUGAUUCGACUGCAUCAAUAUUUCAUUGAGCAGGUCGGGCAUCUGCACUAUGCAUACUUGGAGCUCGAGUACUGCGAUGCCGGCAACCUCGACGAGUAUAUCGCGUCAAACGUAGGUUCUCGAGCAAUGGGUGAAUUGGCGGCAGGACUCAUCGCACCCAGGGCAAACUCCCCCACGACAUGUUUGCACGAGUGAUGCUUCAACUGUGUUCGGGUCUGAGCGAAGUCCAUCGCCACAAAGUCGUUCACAGAGACCUCAAGCCAGCGAACCUUCUCUUGACCUCCGACGGGGUGGUCAAGAUUUCAGAUUUUGGCGUGUCUACGUGCUUGGAAAACGCCCUCGUGACCCGCCAUGCCGCCGGGACCAUGUCGUUCAUGGCCCCAGAAGUGCGCCAGUAUUUCCUUGGAGAAACGGUUGAAUACGACUGGUCUGCGGACGUUUGGAGCCUCGGUGCGGUGGCAGUCGCAUUGCUGACGGGUCAAGCGGAGCCCAAGGUGGCAACUCGACCAGUGGAAGAUGUAGUGGACUCCCUGCGGCGGCAACAUGUUCCAGAAAACUUCCUUCGGGUUGUCGAAGGAGCCCUGGCACCCAAUCCGAAAGCCCGUGCAACGUUGGCCCAGCUCCAGUCGUGGAUCGCCAGUUCGUAUUCGAAACUCUAACUUAGUCGACAAACCUUAUCUCUGCGCUUGCCCAUUUGCUGGUGUCGCAUCCAAUGUAGGAUCCCGACCCAGAGAUGCCAAUGAAAGCAACAUUCCGUGGCCAUGCGUGACAACUCAAUGUAUGCGUCUGCAUCGCCAUACAUGAUAUGUUCUGUGUGAAAAUACCUCAAGUUGGUCCGAAAUUCCCCGCCCGAAUAACGAUGGAAACCCC